AGCCCUCUAGCGCCUCCUGCUCAACCCCUUGCUACGCGGAUCCACUCCCUCCCGCCCGCCGGUCCGCCUGUCCGCCUGCCCCGCGCAGUUCCAGCAGCAAAACAGAAGGACGCGCCGGGAGAUGGAGAGCAAAGCCCUGCUCCUCGUGGUCCUGGGAGUGUGGUUCCAGAGUUUGACCGCCUUCCAUGGAAGGGUGGCCGCAGUAGAUGGGGGAAGAGAUUUUACAGACAUUGAAAGUAAAUUUGCCCUAAGGACCCCUGAAGACACAGUUGAGGACACUUGCCACCUCAUUCCUGGAGUAGCAGAAUCGGUGUCUAACUGCCACUUCAACCACAGCAGCAAGACCUUCGUUGUGAUCCAUGGCUGGACGGUGACAGGAAUGUAUGAGAGUUGGGUCCCCAAACUUGUGGCUGCCCUGUACAAGAGAGAACCUGACUCCAAUGUCAUUGUGGUAGACUGGCUGUAUCGGGCCCAGCAACAUUAUCCAGUGUCUGCUGGCUACACCAAGUUGGUGGGAAAUGAUGUAGCCAGGUUCAUCAACUGGAUGGAGGAAGAAUUUAACUAUCCCCUGGACAAUGUCCACCUUUUGGGCUAUAGCCUCGGAGCCCAUGCUGCCGGUGUGGCAGGAAGUCUGACGAACAAGAAGGUUAACAGAAUCACUGGCUUGGAUCCAGCUGGGCCUAACUUUGAGUAUGCAGAGGCCCCUAGUCGCCUUUCUCCUGAUGAUGCAGAUUUCGUAGAUGUCUUACAUACAUUCACCAGAGGGUCUCCUGGCCGAAGUAUUGGUAUCCAGAAACCAGUAGGACAUGUUGACAUUUAUCCCAAUGGAGGCACUUUCCAGCCAGGAUGCAACAUUGGGGAAGCCAUUCGUGUGAUUGCAGAGAGGGGCCUGGGAGAUGUGGAUCAGCUGGUGAAGUGCUCCCAUGAGCGCUCCAUUCAUCUCUUCAUUGAUUCCCUGUUGAAUGAAGAAAACCCCAGCAAGGCUUACAGGUGCAACUCCAAGGAAGCCUUUGAGAAAGGGCUCUGCCUGAGUUGCAGAAAGAAUCGAUGCAACAAUGUGGGCUAUGAAAUCAACAAGGUCAGAGCCAAAAGGAGCAGCAAGAUGUACAUGAAGACUCGCUCUCAGAUGCCCUACAAAGUCUUCCACUACCAAGUCAAGAUUCACUUUUCUGGGACUGAGAAUGACAAGCAGCUCAACCAGGCCUUCGAGAUUUCUCUGUAUGGCACAGUGGCCGAGAGUGAGAACAUCCCCUUCACUCUGCCUGAGGUCUCCACAAAUAAAACCUACUCCUUCCUGAUUUACACGGAGGUGGACAUCGGAGAACUGUUGAUGAUGAAGCUCAAGUGGAAGAGUGAUUCCUACUUCAGUUGGUCGGACUGGUGGAGCAGCCCCGGCUUUGUCAUCGAGAAGAUUCGGGUGAAAGCAGGAGAGACUCAGAAAAAGGUCAUCUUCUGUGCUAGGGAGAAAGUGUCUCAUCUGCAGAAGGGAAAGGACUCUGCGGUGUUUGUGAAGUGCCAUGAUAAGUCUCUGAAGAAGUCUGGCUGAUACUGAACAAACCAACAAGAAAAGAAAGCACAUGAGUUCUUUGAAGACUGGAGUGAGCGAAGUAAAUUAUAAAAAAGAAAAAAAUACCCUUGUUUGGGUGUUUGAAAGUGGGUUUUCCUGAGUAUUAAUCCCAGCUCUAUCUUGUUAGUUAAGUUAGAAGACAAGCUCAAAUAGUAAAACGUGACUAAUAAGGUGAGGAGUCCCGUGGCCAAUAUUAUGUUUUCCAGCAUCACAGGACAGCAAAUAGGAGAAGCAUGGUGACUUUUGUCCCUUAAGAAGGAAUCUUUUCUUCCCAAUAAAUACAACUCCUUCCUGUCACCCAAUUGGUCAUGGUCAAAAAAUUAGUGAGGGUGAGGGCCUCUUAUUUUGUUAGAAUUCUGAGGCUUUAAACUGAGACCUUUUCAAAGUUUUCUCCAAGUCUAAUAUAGAUGACAUUUUUGUGGCAUGAGUCAGAUUCAUUUCUUUAGCAGUGGAAAUACCUGGUCUUUGUAACUAGUUCUUUUCACCCUUGUGAUGAAGCAAAAACAACAACAACAAAAAGAUAAUCAGGGAUGUAUGACUUAGCAAAAGCAAUGGAGGCCAGAGCUCAUGAUGUCCUGAGCCUUGGUCUCACUAUGGCAAAGUAUAAGUCAACAGAGGUACAGAACUAGAUUCAGUAACUCUAAUUGGCUUGAAUUUUUAUGGCUUAACCCCUACAUCUUUUAAAAGUUUGUCUUAUAUUUUAACAUUGCUCUCUAAGUAGAUGUUGAUAAUGAGCUUAUAACUCAGGUAACACAUAAAUUGAAUGGAAAGAAAAUAAUGCCUAGUCUGAUUUUACUUUUAUUUUUUGCUUUUUUUGAGAAAAACUCUCAUUUGUUCUACUCUGAGGCCAAGCCUGUCCCAGAACUCAGGUAUGUUGUUCAGGCUUUCCUUGAACAAUCAGUGAUCCUCCUGUCUUAGCUUUCUGAGUGCUGGGAUUAUUAGCAUGAACCAUACCGGGCUUGAUACCAUAAUUUUAUCACUGAAUUUUUCCUAUUUGUUUUCAUCAAGUUGAACACAGUCAACAGCCAAUAGUUGCAUUUAGUUUGAGACUCUUCUCAGCCAUGCCUCUGCCAUAUUCUAACAUAUCACAUUCAUUUCUAGUUUAAGACAUGAUCAAGUUCAAACUCUUCAGCACGCAAUGUACAAAUUUUAGAUAAUGGCCAUUUUACCACAUAAAAGUUGAAAUUACUAGGAAAUAUGCUUAUCAAUGCUUGUAAAUUGUUGUGUACAAAGAAGGGAGUCAUCAAUUAUAAUAGCCACAGGAAGUACCAGGCAGAUUGCCACUGUUUCAUUUUACUUAAAAAACAAAAA